CAGCCAUAGGUGUAGAAUCAAUAUUCUGUGAUGGAUGAAGAGGAAGUAAAUUGCAAUUUGAUUGCUCUGCUCAAAUGUUGGUGCUUAGGACUCUUAACUAGAAUGCUUUACAGGUAAAAAAAACCAUUGUAGGUUAUGAAUGGUUCCCUUCCUAAUGGUUUCCCUUCUCUGCAGUUGUACUGUUUCGAAGAUCGUUGGAAUCGCCGUGUUGCUUUGAGGCCUGACCUGGCUCCUUCACUGGCUAUGCUGGUCAUUCGGAAAGAAAAACCUGCACCUUUGCCAUUGAAAUGGUUUGCUGUUGGACAUUGUUGGCAGUAUGAGAGGAUGACGAGGAAAUGGACUCUUUCUCUCUCAUUUGUGAUCCGGUUUCACUCUCUAUCUUCUGUUUCGUUCUAACGUUCUCUUCUCUUUUGUGGUCUUAGUUUUGUAUAUUCUUCACAGCAUGCACUCGACUCCAUCGA